UUCACUCUGUGUAAAGCCAAAAAACUGAAAUGGCUUCUCCAUCUUCUCUCUCUCCGCCGCAGGUCCCCAUGGAACUACACAUGGUGAAUAGAAAGAAGCUCUUACAUUCAUUUCGCGAUAAUCUAUCUCUAUCCUCUCGCCCUCUCCAUGGCUUUGUCUUCCUCCAGGGUGGCGAAGAGCAGAAUCGGUACUGCACUGAUCAUACUGAAUUGUUUAGACAGGAGAGUUAUUUUGCUUACUUGUUUGGAGUGCGAGAGCCUGGGUUUUAUGGCGCAAUUGAUCUAGCAAGUGGGGAAUCAAUACUUUUUGCUCCGAGGUUACCUGCUGAUUAUGCAGUUUGGUUGGGAAAAAUUAAGUCAUUGUCCUACUUUGAGGAAAGAUACAUGGUUGACUCUGUACACUAUACUGAUGAGAUUGCAAAAGUUUUGCAUCAGCGAUACCGAGGACCAGGAAAACCAUUGCUUUAUCUCCUGCAUGGCCUCAAUACUGAUAGUAACAACUUUUCCAAACCAGCAGACUUUGAGGGCAUUGACAAGUUUACAACAGAUCUAAAUGCUUUGCAUCCCAUUUUGACGGAAUGCCGCGUCGUAAAGUCAGGGCUAGAGCUUGCUCUCAUACAGUAUGCCAAUGAUAUAAGCUCUGAAGCUCAUGUUGAGGUUAUGAGGAACACAAAAGUAGGUAUGAAAGAGUAUCAACUAGAAAGCUUGUUUCUCCAUCACACAUACAUGUAUGGUGGUUGUAGACACUGUUCAUACACAUGUAUAUGUGCAACUGGUGACAACGGUGCAGUGCUCCACUAUGGUCAUGCAGCAGCUCCGAAUGACAGGACUUUAGAAGAUGGAGAUAUGGCAUUGCUUGACAUGGGAGCUGAAUACCAUUUUUAUGGUUCUGAUAUCACAUGUUCCUUCCCGGUAAAUGGAAAGUUUACACAUGACCAAUCCCUUGUAUAUAAUGCUGUCCUUCGUGCACAUAAUGCUGUCAUAUCGACUAUGCGACCUGGUGUAAGCUGGGUAAAUAUGCACAAAUUGGCUGAAAGAACUAUUCUGGAAUCACUGAAGGAAGGAAAUCUCCUUUUUGGUGAUGUUGAUGCUAUGGUUCAUGAGCGACUAGGUGCCGUUUUUAUGCCCCACGGCCUGGGACACCUUCUGGGAAUUGAUACUCAUGAUCCUGGGGGUUACCUAAAGGGAGCGGAAAGACCCAAAGAAGCUGGACUCAAGUCUCUGCGCACGAGUAGAGAACUCUUGGAGGGAAUGGUGAUAACGGUGGAACCUGGAUGUUACUUCAUUGAUGCCUUGUUACUUCCUGCAUUGGAAACUGCACAAACAUCAAAAUAUUUCAACCAUGAGCAGAUCCAUAGAUUUAGAGGUUUUGGUGGGGUUCGAAUUGAAAGCGACGUGUAUGUUACUUCGGAUGGUUGUGUGAACAUGACCAAGUGUCCACGAGAGAUCCAAGAUAUCGAGGCUGUGAUGGCCGGUGCUCCUUGGCCAAUUAAGAAGACAAGUAUUCCUUCUGUGAAUGGGAAAGUUUAACCUGUCGGUUGUCCGCAUGCAACUCUCUGUCGUCUCUGCCAUUAUGCAGGAACAAAUAUCUCUGUGUCUUUCAUUUUCUUUCUGCGUUAACAGAGUGACUUGAGUUAUAGAUGUUUGUUUGUGAUCUUAAUUUCAGUAAAGCCUUCAAUCAGUGAAGCAUUCCUGAAGCAGAUGGUCUGUAAUUCUGUUAUAUUGGAAAGUAAACCCACGUCUUGCACUGUAACUUUGGGUUGGAUACUGUUAGCAUACCUUCUGUAUACAAGGAAAUUAGAAUCCUCUCCUGAUGAGGGUCGAAGCAGUUGAUGAGGGGUGACUAGGAACCUAAAUAAAGAGGCCGGAGGUCGAUUCAAACCCACAUCUCAAAGUAUGUAUGUUAAAUAAUAGGGUAAAUUACA